AUGAUGAGCUCCAAAGAGGAAGAAACUCUGAGAUUUCUCCAGUAUGUUGAAGAUAGCGGACUAAGAGCCUACAGCGGGCUGGUCUCUCAGAACCUGGAUCACGCCAGGAAUGAGAGGAACAGGAUUUACCUCCAGGAGAAAAACGACAAGAAGAGAAAACAGGAAGAAGCCAUAAAGAGGACGGGCGAAGAGGUGGUGACUGAGGGGAAGCUCCUGCGCAUGGGCUCCAUGACAAUGCCACCCCCCCCGGAGCGCAUGCCCGUGCCCCCCUAUCUUGCUUGCGGGCCGGGCUUCGCUGUGCGCUCCCAGUCCCUACACUCGGUGGGUGGGGGCAGUAAUGGCGGUGGGGAGGAGGAAGUGGGCAGCCCCACGUCCCGCAAGCAGCCCCCACCCAAACCCAGGAGGGACCCGGCUACCAAGUUGAGCAUUUCCUCUGAGACAGUGGACCACAGCCCCACCUUGGUCUGUAGGGGCUGCAGGGCCAAUCCGGACAGUUGUGAUGCGCCACAAGGCUGCGGCGAAGACUGCAAGAGGGUCCCUCCCCCCAAACCCAGGAGGAAUCCCAACACCCAGCUGAGCACCUCCUUCGAUGAGUCCUACAUCAGGAAGCACGGAGGCUGCAAGGGUCACUCCCCCUCUGCGGAGCGCGAGCGCAACCCCUCGCCGCCGAGCGACGAGAGCCCCAGCCACCACUCCGACUCGGAUGAGCCCGUCUACAUCGAGAUGGGCGCCAGUGUUGGGGGCGGGGGGCAAACAGAGGCGCCCAAGAGUGAGGACGAGGAGCCGGACGAGUCGGUGUAUGAGGAGAUGAAGUACCCCCUCCUGGAUGACAUGGACUACCGCUGGGACCCCCCGGGAUGCCGCUCCGCCUGCCCCACCCCGGCACCACUGGACCCUGAGCCCCUCAGCCGCUGCUCCACUCCGCGCAACAUCCCCCUCUGCGACAUUCCCGCGCCCUUCCCCAACCUGCUAACCCACCGGCCGCCUCUCCUGGUGUUCCCCCCUUCGCCAGCCCAGUGCUCGCCAAACUCAGACGAGUCCCCGCUCACCCCUCUGGAUGCACUGACCAAACUGCCCAUGAUGGACAACCCCGGUGCCUACAGCAAGUCACCCACCUCCUCUUCCGAGCCCCCCUUGGCGCACCUACGCCGGGAGCUGACCGCCACGCCCACCCUGACCGUGUCGGGUCGCUCAUCGGCCCCGCCCCUGCCCUGCACCCUCUACAAGUCCUCGGCCUCCUCGGCGCACGGCUAUCAGCGCAGCCACUCAGCCUGCCCCUCGCCCGUCAGCAUGGGCCGCUGCCUAACUCCCCUCAGCCUGAUGCGUGCGCCACCCUUCGACGCCCCCAUUCCCUUCCCAGGCGGGCUGCCGCGCAGCGCCUCUGCCACGCCCCAUGGAAAGGGCUCGCCGCCCCAGGAUUGCGUUGCUGGGGGCAGGCUGCAUGGGUCGAUGCAGAACGUGUCGACGGGGCGCUCACGCACACCGACCAGCCCCCUGGACGAGCUGACCAACCUGUUCACCGCCGGUAGGAACAUGAUGAAGAAGAACACCAGCGGAAGGAAGUCCAAGGAGCCCGGGGAGACCGAGUCCAAGAGUAAGCCUAACAGCGAGUCCAAACGUGACGGCAAGGAGCGGCACAGUCACAGCAAGGAGUCCAAACGGGAGAGCAAGGAGUCCAAACGGGAGAGUAAGGAACGUAGCAAAGAGUCUUCUUCUCACAGACGCGACACCAAGGACAGGGGCUGUAGCAGUGUUGAACCCCUGCCUAUGAAACGGGACAGCAGAGACCGGGGUUGUAAUAGUGUGGAGCCCUUGCCUAUGACAAGAGACAGUAAAGAUAGGGGUUGCACUAGUAUUGAGCCCCCGCCUGUCAGACGGGACAGCAAAGACAGGGGCUGCAAUAACAUAGAAUUGAUGCCUAGACGCAAUAGCAAAGACAGAAGUGUCCACAGCAUGGAGCCUUUACUACGGCAGGAUAGUAAAGACUCUCCCCGGAAUGGUGUGGAGUCCAGACAUGACAGCAAAGAAAGGCUCAGCCACCAGAACCCACCGGAACUUCUACCCAGGCAAGAUAGCAAAGACCGAACCAGGAACGAAAUGGAUUCGAGACAUGACAGCAAAGAACGAAUUGAUCAGCCACCAGAGCUCCUACCCAGACAAAAUUGCAAAGAUUCACCCAGAAAUGGCCUUGAGUGCAGACGUAAUAGCAAAGACCGAGACAGGGCGAGCUAUGGCCUGGAGUCUAGACAAGAGGGCAAAGAACGAAGUUACAAUGGAAUGGAGCUCUUACCCCGACAGGACAUCAAAGAGUCAGCCAGACAUGGCCUUGAAGCCAGGCGUGACAGCAAGGACAGAAGCUGCAAUGGCGCAGAACUGCCCCCCCGGCGCGAUAGCUAUGGCAAGAGUGCCAAUGGGGUAGAUCCUAGGCGCGACAAAGACCGGGUGGGUUACAGCUCAGAUGUCUUGCCCAGGCGUGAUAGCAGAGAUAAGGGGACCUACAACUUUGAGCAAUCAAAAGCACAAGAGAAGAACGGUCAAUCAGGGCAACAAUCAUCGACGGCCACACCAACUCGGCAUGGAAGACCUGCUGGCAGUCCGCCAAUGAUGUUGGGAACUGGCAAUACAGAACUGAAACCAGCACUUCCGAAGUAUGGCCGCUCCUCCUCUGCCCCAGUUACACCCUCUCCCUUGGGGACCCCACAGAGGCAAGCACCAGAGGCACAGGUACCCCAGAUGCCGUGGAUGUGUGGGGACAGCACCAUGCUGGAGCAGAUCGAGAGGAAGCGCACCCUAUGCAUGGAGAUCCGCUCCAGGCAGCGGCCCCCAGACAGAAACCACCCGGACAGGAACCUGUGCAAGCAGAAGAACAACGGGGCCAAAAAGAUCCACCCGCCCCCGUACCCCACACAGACCACUGUGUUCUGGGACACAGCCAUCUGA